UAUAUAGCGGGAUCAAUGAUGGCAAAGCACGACCAAGCCGGCAAGAUUAGAUAACAAGCCGGUUGCCUCGGGGUUUGCACCCAGGUAGGGCCCCAUCGUUAAUCAGCGAAGCGUCAUCUAUUUUCUCGAUUCAAUCUGGUGAUGAAACUCAGUAAUCCGGGAGUGGCUGCAAUCGCAAAGCAAUGGCGGCCAUACUUUAGUAGUAGGGAUCCCCACAGCCACUGAUCGAGUCAAUCCCGAGAGCCGAAGCGCGACGCAGGUUUGUGUCGACCACUAUGGGCGUCAAGUCAUUAUGGAAGCUCCUCGAGCCCGUGGGGCGGCCUGUUAUGCUGGAAACCCUGGAGGGCCAAAUCCUAGCCAUUGACUCGAGCAUUUGGAUCUAUCAGUUUCAAGCGACGAUGCGCGGAAAGGAUGGACGCGCUUUGCUGAACGCGCACGUACUGGGCUUCUUGAGGCGGAUUGCAAAGCUACUGUUCUUUGGAAUCCGUCCCGUGUUCGUUUUUGACGGUGGAGCUCCGGCCUUGAAGCGGAACACCAUUAAUGAAAGGAAGAAGAAGAAGGCCGGGGCCGCGAUGAGCCAUGCCAAGCUCGCGGAGAAGCUUCUGGCAGCUCAGAUGAGGAGAGAGGCAUUGAAGCAUGCUGGCGCGUCAUCUUCGACACCACCCCGUAAAGGCGCGGCUCCGGUUGGCCCUGUUGUCCUGGACGACACCACAGUGUACCUAGAAGACAUUGACCCAUCUGUUCCCAAAGCAUCCCCCGCGAAAUCUAAACCGGCUGCAUCCGCAUCCGCAUCUCCUGUCAAGCCGAAAUUCUACGACCACGAUCCAUAUCGUUUGCCGGAGCUGGAUCUGGAUGCCGCAGUGAACAAAGCGACGCGUGCUGAAGUGCCCGACGCGCGGCUGGCCACGGAAGAAGAGCUGCGGAACUUCAUCGAGGAUAUGCGCCCGGACGAUUUCGAUGUCACCUCUCCUGCGUUCCGCGAACUUCCGACGGAAGUGCAGUAUGAAAUCGUCGGCGACCUGCGGCUCAAGUCGCGCCAAACUUCAUAUCUGAGGUUGCAGAACAUGCUACGCUCAUCCAAAACCCCACUCGAUUUCUCGAAGCAGCAGAUCCUCAAUCUGCAGCAGCGAAAUACUCUGACGCAGCAGUUGCUCUCUACGACGGAUCUCAUCGGGACGGGUCCCGCAAAUAUCGUUGUUCCUGUCCGCAUUGCUAGUGAACGGAACAGGGAAUACGUAUUGGUCAAGAAUGAGGGCAAGGACGGAGGGUGGAUCUUGGGCAUCAGAGAUGAUGGGACGCGAGAAAAGCCGAUCGAGAUUGACCAUGAAUCUGUGACUGUCUCUGAAGCAGUAGAGGACAAAGAAGAGGACGACGACGAUGAGGAUAUGGAGGAAGUUGAAAUACCGCCUGUCGGAAUACCAGACCCUGAUUUGCUAGAAUAUCAGCGUUCUCUGAACUUGACUGCGUUCGAAAGCCGCCAUCGCUCAAGACCACAGCGCUCGAUGGUAGUAUCCUCAGAACGCCAGACGGAUGAACUUGUUACAAAUGACGAAGAUAACGACGAGCUCGCUUGGGCAAUUCAAGAAUCACUUAAGGAUGCUGCAAUUUCUCGUCAGCCUGCGCAGGAACUACACCCAGCCAUGGUCAAUGCCGUGGCCUCCUCCUCCAAGACCAGACUCCCAGAAGCGACGCAACUCGUGGACGAAGACACAUUUGUGCGGGGAAACCGUCUCGAAACUACGCUCUCUAUUGCCAGCGGAUCAUUCAUACGCUCUCCGCAAAAAGCGUCCUCUUCCUCCUUCGGGGAAUCCGUAGUUCCGACGACGCCACUCAAAGAUGUUCCCAGGCCGAUCUCGAAGCCGCCGUCGGUUCCGCUACCAGCGAGCAGUGGGUUGCGAUUCGGUGCCCCCUUCCUGUUGCGUUCACCCGAGCAGCAGCAGCAGCAACAGAGCGCGCCGCUGUUUAUCGACGACGACGACGACGACGACGACGACGACGACGACGACAUGGAAACGGCUUUACCUUCGUUCGCCCCAGAAAUAGAGACCAUGGAGACUAUUGAGGAUGCGGUAGAGCCCAUGCCAGCUCUAGAUGCUCCAGCUACGAGGCUGUCCUCUCCAGAAGAUUCGUUCGACAUCGCUCAACCAUCUCCUCCAGCUCCUCGCCCCGUGACGCCGAUGGAAACGAGGCCCCCCACUCCCAUCGUUGACCGCGCGCGAUCGAUUACACCGGUAUUGGAUUGGUCGCGAUCACCGUCUCCCACUACACAGGAACGCAUUCCGUCUCCUGUUGCCGAAGAGUGGGAUGCCGCACAAGAGAUGGAUGCUGAGGCUGAGGAAGGCGAUUUUGCGCAGUUCGUGUCGCAAGUCAAGGGCAAGAAUCUCGAUGAAGUGCAGCGGGAGAUAGACGAGGAAAUAAAAGCCUUACAUGCGCAAAAACGCGCGGCUAUGCGAGAUUCAGACGACAUCAACCAGCAGAUGAUCACCCAAAUCAUGAUGUUGCUCAGUCUGUUCGGCAUUCCAUACAUCACAGCCCCGAUGGAAGCAGAAGCGCAGUGCGCAGUGCUGGUUCAGCUAGGGCUCGUGAGCGGCAUCAUCACUGACGACUCGGAUGUCUUUCUGUUCGGCGGACCCCGUGUAUAUCGAAACAUGUUCAAUCAAACCAAGACCGUGGAAUGCUUCCUGCUUGCUGAUCUAGAACGAGAGCUCGGACUCGAGCAGGACGCGCUGAUCAGACUGGCAUAUCUUCUCGGGAGCGACUACGUGGACGGAUUGCCGGGUGUCGGGCCAGUCGUUGCAAUGGAGCUCUUGGGCGAGUUUCCGGGCAGCGACGGUCUCCUCCGAUUCAAGGAAUGGUGGAUGAAGGUCCAAAGCGGUAAGGACUCGGCAGAUGACAACCAGUCCGCGUUUCGGAAAAGAUUUGCAAGUCGCAGUCGUCGGUCACGUCAUAUGAUUUUUCUGAUGGUCUCGCAGAAGAAGAAUUUCAAGGAAUUGUAUCUGCCACCCGAAUGGCCGAACAGCAAAGUCCGAGAUGCGUAUUAUCACCCCACCGUAGACGAAUCCGAUGAGCCUUUCAAAUGGGGGUUUCCCGAUCUCGAUGCACUGCGAGAAUUUCUCCGGGCUGAGCUGGGUUGGGGCCCGGACAAAGUGGAUGAUCUCCUUCUGCCUAUCAUCCAAAAGAUCCGCAAACGAGGACAAAGUGGACUCAAUAAACAAGGCAAUCUGAACACUUUUCUCGACGUCUCUGGGAGCGGGACCAUCGCACCCCGGCAGCGGCAAGCAUAUACCAGCAAGCGGCUGCAGAAAGUCGUCUCCGACUUUCGCAAAAAGGGUAGGCCGGCUGAAGGCGCUGAUUCGGGCUCUGAGGAUAGAGAGCCCCCGAAAAAGCGGAUCAAAACAAAGAAGGCUGCGGGCAAGGGUAAGAAGAACCGCUCAAAGAAGAUCAGCGAGGAUAGUGACGGGGAGGAAGACGAGUACAGGGACCAAACUGUGCGUACUGAUUAUGCACCAGUAGUCCAGACGCUGCGUCCGAGACCCAAGCCUGCGUAUAAGGGGUCGGCACGAGAUGUAUAAAAACAAUAUAAAUUUGAUUGAAUCCAUCGAAAAACAUAUUUAGCAGCAACUCGUUUCGAUCGAGUGACCUCGGGGUUAUG